UCACAUCCCUACUGACUCACUCGACGUGGAGGCGCGCGGCUCUCAGUCGGUGCACGUCGACAGUGCGGCUCCACCUUUCUCUCCGAACCAUACAACUUCUUGUCGUCCGACACAGGACAUUUUUGUGGCCGUCAGCGACUUUUUGUUUCCGAGUGACAACUUUGAAGUUGUUGGCAUGAAUCAAACUGCGGGAGCCACCAACGCUUACCGGAGAUGUUCCAAAGGGGGGAAGUGUCUAGAUCAGGGGUCCCCAAACUACGGCCCGGCAGCGUCCAAAAUCCGGCCCGCGGAGCUGGUGGGCAGCAACCCGCCGCAGAGGAACUGGAAGGGAAUAGCGAUCGCCCUCCUUGUCAUUCUGGUCAUCUGCUCGCUGAUCGUCACCUCUGUCAUCCUGUUGACGCCAGGUGAAGACGACCGACUCGCUCUCAAGGGCAAAGUGACCGUCGGGGACCUCUUCAGCAAAGACUUCAAAGUUCAUGACCCAAACGCUCGAUGGAUCAGCAACAAUGAGUUGUUGUACCGGGACCGCGAGGGCGACGUGGUGUGGUUCAACGUGGACACCCAUGAGAAGACCAUCUUGGUGCAUCACAAGAAGUUUGAAAUGUACAAAGCCAGCAAGUAUGAGGUGUCGCCCGACAUGAAGCACGUCCUGCUGGCCUACAACGUGGCACGGGUGUACCAGUACUCCUACACAGCCUUCUACAUCAUCUGCAGCCUGGAGACGCCGGAGACGUGGAACCUGAACCCACCUGAGGUCCGCAACGCACAGCUGCAGUACGCCGGCUGGGGCCCGGAGGGUCAGCAACUGAUCUUCAUUUUCGAGAACAACAUCUACUAUCGCUCCACAGUGGAGAGCCGCUCCAUUCGCCUGGUGUCCUCUGGCAAGGAGGGGGUCAUCUUCAACGGGCUCAGCGAUUGGCUGUACGAAGAGGAGAUUUUCCGCUCCCACGUCGCCCACUGGUGGUCUCCGGAUGGCGCGAGGUUAGCGUACGCUACCAUCAACGACAGCCUGGUGCCCAAGAUGGAGCUGCCCAUGUUUACUGGCAUGCCGUACCCCACGGGGAAGGAGUACCACUACCCCAAGGCUGGAGAGGAGAACCCGGUUAUCACUUUGUAUGUGGUCAACCUGAAUGGUCCUCUUCACACCAUCGAGAUGAGGAGACCUGAUGACCCAAGAUUAAGAGAGUUCUACGUGACCAUGGUGAAAUGGGCCACCACCACCAAACUGGCUGUCAACUGGCUGAACCGAGCGCAGAACAUCUCCAUGCUGACGCUGUGUGAGGCCACCACGGGCGUCUGCACCAAGAAACACGAGGAUGAAAGCGAGGGGUGGCUCCACAGACAGAACGAGAAGCCGCUGUUUUCCAAAGACGGUCUGAAGCUGUUCUUCACGCGGGCCAUCCCACAAGGAGGCCGCGGAAAGUUCUUCCAUAUCUCCAUGUCCAUCUCGCAGCCCAACACCAGUAUGGACACGCUGCAGUCCAUCACGUCCGGAGACUGGGACAUCACAGAAGUCCUGGCCUACGACGAGGAGAGCCAGCUCAUAUACUUCCUCAGCACAGAAGCCGGCCCUAAGCAAAGACAUCUGUACAGCGCCGACACUUUUGGCUCGUUCAACCGCCGCUGCUUGACGUGCGACCUGUCCGACAGCUGCGGCUACAUCGGCGGCUCCUUCUGCCACAACAUGGGCUACUUCCUGCUACACUGCCAAGGCCCAGACGUCCCAUUCCUGUCCAUUUUCCAGACGCAAAGAGACGAUGACGCUGUGGAGAGCCAAAACACAGAGCGUCUGAUUGAAGUCCACAAACUGGAGACCAAUGAAAUGCUGAAGCUGACGCUGGAUAACAUGCAGAUGCCCAUAGUGGAAUACCAUCAGAUCGACAAAGACGACUACACUUUGUCAAUGCAGAUCCUCAAACCUGCAGGCUUUGUGGAAACCUCCCACUACCCUCUGCUGCUGCUCAUCGACGGCACACCUGGUGGCCAGAGCGUGUCGGAGCGCUUCCACAUGGACUGGGCCACGGUGCUGGUGAGCAGCUUCGGCGCCAUUGUGGCACGUUGUGAUGGGCGCGGCAGCGGCUUCCAGGGCACCAACUUGCUGCACCGCAUCCAGAAGAAGGUGGGCGUGCUGGAGGAGCAGGACCAGAGGGACGCCAUAAACAGUGACAUUCUGAAUAAGCCCUACAUUGACAAGACCAGGGUGGGAGCAUUUGGAAAGGAGUAUGGAGGCUACAUCACAAGCUUGUUGCUCAGCGAUGACCUUUCUCCUGCCAGAUGCGGUGCCGUCCUCUCGCCAAUCACCGACUUUGAACUGCACGCAUCAGCUUUUUCGGAGCGAUAUCUUGGAAUGCCAAAGCCCGACCCGAGGGCAUACACGAUGGCCAAUUUAGCGCACCGGGCGGCUCAGUUCCUCGACAAGAAAUUUCUCAUCAUCCAUCCGACAGCAGACGAAAAAGUCCAUUUCCAGCAUACGGCAAAACUGAUUGCUCAGCUAAUCCAUGAAAAGGCCAACUACACUUUACAGAUCUACCCAGACGAAGGCCACUUCAUCCACAACGAGGGCACCCGGCAGCACCUCAGUCAGUCGCUGGUCAACUUCUUCGAGGAGUGCUUCAGGCUACCAGAGAGACUCUUUGAAGAGGAGCUAGAUGAAGAGAACGAAGACGAAGGUUAGCUCGACUGACCACCCCCGUCCUCUAAAAUACACGCCUCGGCCAGAUUAGUCAACAUGUCCAAGCACAAGAAUGGUGUCCUCAAUAUUAUGCAACUACAGCAUGCUGGACUUAAGACUGCCUCUGGAGCAGCCGAGGAUCUCCUCCCAUCGCUCACCUUGGUUCUAUUCUUCUUCAUCAUCGUCUGUCUUUGGACCUCCAAUCCGAAAAAUCUCCACGGAGUGAGAGUGACACUUUGGAAUAUACUGAUCCGUUAAUGUGCGACAUGAUGGACGAGCCCCUGAGCAGUGGUGGAAACAGCAGGACUUGCGCUGUGUAAGGGAAAGAACACUUUUAAAAACUUGUAUAAUGAAAAAAAUCUGUUGGUAGCAUUCAUCAAACGGUGUCUGGAACUCUGCGGGUCCAGGAAGCGUUGCUGUUUUCUAACGUUGUGAUGAAGUUUCCAUGUUGGACCGUGCUUUUUGUCGAUUGUUCUCAGUGUAUGUAAAGUAGCACACUAGCAUCCACGCAGCUAUUCAAGCAUUUUUUUAAAUUUUUUUUUACAUUUCCACCAUGUAGUCAUCUAUAACUGGAUAAAAAUUCCUUUACUUG